GUUUGUUUUAUAGAAGUAUUAGAUGGAACAAAAGAGGAAUAUGCACUAGGUGCAAGUGCACGUGCCGUCCGGUCAGAGGGGUUCGCGCGGCCAAAUCUUUCUCCUUGAUGUCUGUGGACUUCAGACACGCGAUCACAGUGUGCACAUGCAGGUUUUUUUAAGACUUCGUUAAAGGUUAGAGGAAGAGAUAGAGCAACAGCUCACAGUGUGUCCAGGACCUCCAGGCGCUCCAUUAAUUUGAAGAGAAACAGUCUUUGUGGCUGUUUAGAUGGUUUUAGCUUCUUUACUUUUUACCACAAUAGCAGUAAUUCGGCCCAUUUCGUAUUUACAACAGCAGUUGACAGAUAAAAACGGUUUGUGAGAUGCGACUAUCCAGAUCUUUGUCAAUAACAUCAUUAAGUGGACUUCCUUUAUGGGAAGAUGAAAGUCUACCUGUGCAAGACCUCUUGCUUUUUGAGGUCUCGUGGGAAGUCACCAAUAAGGUUGGGGGUAUAUACACUGUUAUUCAGACUAAAGCAAAGAUCACCGUGGAUGAAUGGGGAGAGAACUACAUCAUGAUGGGACCCUACUACGAACACAACUUCAAGACCCAGGUGGAGAAAUGUGAACCUCCAAAUCAAGCCAUCAAAGCAGCCAUGGACUCCUUGAUUAAUAACGGUUGCCAGGUGCACUUUGGCCGCUGGUUGAUUGAGGGUAGUCCAUACGUCAUCCUCUUUGAUAUUGGGGCCGCUGCCUGGAACCUGGACCGCUGGAAGGGGGAUCUGUGGAACGCGUGCAGCAUCGGGCUGCCCUAUCACGACAGGGAGGCCAACGACUCACUCAUCUUUGGUUCUCUUGUGGCCUGGUUCUUCAAGGAGUUAACAGACCAACUACAGGACAAGCCCAACGUAAUUGCUCAUUUCCACGAGUGGCAGGCUGGGACAGGACUUGUACUGAGCCGCUCCCGAAAGAUUCCCCUGGCAACUGUUUUUACCACACAUGCCACCCUACUGGGCCGAUACUUGUGUGCUGGUAAUGCAGACUUCUAUAACAACCUGGACAAGUUUAACAUAGACCAAGAGGCAGGGGAGAGACAGAUCUACCAUCGGUAUUGUUUGGAGAGAGCAGCGGUACACUGUGCACAUGUCUUCACCACCGUGUCCCAGAUCACAGCUGUGGAGGCCAAUCAUAUGCUCCAUAGACAACCUGAUGUUGUCACCCCAAAUGGUCUGAAUGUUAGGAAGUUCUCAGCCAUGCAUGAGUUCCAGAACCUGCACUCCAUGAACAAAGCCAAGAUCCAGGAGUUUGUUAGGGGCCACUUCUAUGGCCAUCUGGAUUUCAGUCUGGAAAAGACCUUAUUCUUUUUCAUCGCAGGACGAUAUGAGUUUUCUAAUAAAGGAGCAGACCUGUUUCUUGAAUCUCUGUCCAGAUUAAACUACUUGCUAAGGGUUCAUAAGAGUGAUGUUACAGUGGUUGUGUUUUUCAUCAUGCCUGCCAAAACCAACAACUUCAACGUGGAGUCUCUUAAAGGGCAGGCUGUACGCAAGCAGCUGUGGGACACCGCUCAGUCAGUGAAGGAAAAGUUUGGAAAAAGGCUUUACGAGAGCUUGUUAAGGGGUGAGAUCCCAGAUAUAAGCAAAAUCCUGGACAGAGAUGAUUUCACAAUCAUGAAGAGGGCCAUUUAUGCAACACAGAGACACUCUCUUCCUCCAGUAACAACUCACAACAUGCUGGACGACUCCACAGACCCGAUCCUGAGCAACGUCCGCCGUAUCGGCCUCUUCAAUGGACGCAAUGACAGAGUGAAGAUUGUGUUCCAUCCCGAGUUCCUGUCGUCUACCAGCCCCUUGCUGCCCAUGGACUAUGAGGAGUUUGUGCGUGGCUGCCAUCUGGGAGUGUUUCCCUCCUACUAUGAACCAUGGGGCUACACUCCAGGAGAGUGUACCGUCAUGGGCAUCCCCAGCGUGACCACCAAUCUGUCUGGGUUUGGCUGUUUCAUGGAGGAACAUGUAUCUGACCCCUCUGAAUAUGGAAUCUACAUUGUGGACCGGCGGUUCCGUUCUGCGGACGAGUCGUGUAACCAGCUGACUCAGUUCAUGUUUUCAUUCUGCCAGCAGUCGCGUAGACAGCGAAUAAUCCAGCGCAACCGCACAGAAAGACUCUCUGACCUGCUGGACUGGAGAUACCUCGGACGGUUCUACAUGCAGGCCCGACAUCUGGCCCUCAGCAGAUCCUUCCCUGGUAAAUUCAAAAUGGACGACCUUAACAUCGCACCGACACAAGGCUUCCGUUACCCCAGACCCGCUUCAGUCCCUCCAUCCCCAUCGGCUUCCCUCCACUCCACCCCUCACCACAGCGAUGAGGAAGAUGACGACACCUAUGACGAAGAGGAGGAAGCGGAGAGGGACAGGCAGAACAUCAAGGCACCGUUCAGUCUGGGUGCAGAGCCUGAGGGUGAGAGCAAAGAACCACUGGAAAAUGGGAAUUAAGAUCUGCACCCUCCUGCUCCAGUAGUUCAGACUCUAGGACAUAUUUACACCCCCUGCCCUCUGAGAAUGUGCUACAUUUGUCUGACUACAGCUUUUGAAUGGAUUAUUGAUAAAAUAUCACCCAAGUGUGAAUGGGAAGAUAUCUUUGACAUAGUGGUGUUCAAUCACUUUGAAAAUCUGGGAUUAAAUAACCCAUUUAAGCUUGUAACUAAUGAAAAUUGAACCAUGUGAACUCAUUUGUACAUAUGAUUCUUGCUUUCAUCGAAGCUCAAGAUGCUAUUAAGCAUCUCAAAUCAUGCUGGAGAACGUGACCAUCAGGUUUGACGUGAACUUGCAGAGUUCAUGCAACUCAAAUGCUGCUGGCAUUAAAGCAAAUGUGGGACAAAUCAAAUACCAGGACAGAAAAAUGAAUGUUAAUUCUUCAGUUCAACUUUUAAAUCAUACUACGAUACUGACAACUCAUCAUGAAAGAGAUUAUAUUCAUUAAAAAAAUGCAAAAGUCUCUUUUGGAUAGAAAUUUGGUAUCUUUUUAGUGUUUUAAACCAAAUUUGGUAUAUUGGUGCCAUAUGAGGCUAUAAUAAUUUGUGCUAAUGUGGAAGAAGAUACCUUUACGUACAUACAGUGCCUUGCGAAAGUAUUCAAACCCCUUCCGUUUUUUUUUCAUGGUUUAUGUUGCUGCCUUAUGUUAAACUGCUUUAAAUGACUUUUUCCCACAUCGUUCUACACUCUAUACACCGUAAUGGCAAAGCAAAAUACUGUUUUUUAACAUCUUUGCAAUUUAAUUACAAAUAAAAAACUUACAUUGUUCCAUUGCAUAAGUAUUCAUACCCUUAUCUGGGACAACUGAAAUUGCGCUCAAAAGCAUUCUUAUUGCUAGUAGAUGUUACUACACUUCAAGUGACAUUAACCUGUGGCAAAUUCAAUUGAAUGGGUAUGAUUUAGAAAGGCACCCAUAUCAUAAUAACAGGUCUAACAGCUGAAAAUGCAUAUCAGAGCAAAAACCAAGCCCUGAGGUCAUAAGAACUGCCUGUAGAGCUGAGAGACAGGAUUGUGUCAAGGCACAGCUCUGGGGAUGAGAUCAAAAAAUUCUGCUGCAUUGAAGGUUCACAGAAGCAUGUAGCCUCCAUUAUCCAUAAUGGAAGACGUUUAGAACAGCUAGGACUCUUCCUAGAGCUGGCCUCCUGGCCAAACUGAGCAAUUGAUGGAGAAGGGCCUUGGUUAGACUGGUGACCAAGAACCUGAUGGUAAUUUUAGUUGAGCUCCAUGAUCAUAUAUACAGAUGGGAGAAACUUACAGAAGGACAAACAUCACUGCAACACUCCACCGAUCUCGGCUUUAUGGCGGUGUGGCAAGACUCAGUCCUCUCCUCAGUAAAGAGACACAUGAAAACCCACUUGGAAUUUGCAACAAAGCACCUAAAGAACUCUCAGAUUGUGAGAAACAAGAUUCUCUGGUCUGAUGAACCUCAAUUCCAAGCAUCAUGUUGAAGGAAACCUGCAGAGUACCAAGCAAAAGUAAAGUGUGGCGAUGUGCAAAGCUUGUCGCACCAUACCCAAAAAGACUUGAGGCUGUAAAGGUGAUUCAGCUAAGUACCGAGUUAAGGGUAUGAAUACUUAUUUCAGUUUUUUUUUAUUUGUAAUAAAUUUACAAAGUUGUGACAAUUCUGUUUUUGCUUUGUCAUUAUGGUGUAUGGAGUGUAGAUUGAUGUGGAAAAAAAGUGAUUUAA